CUCGACAGUUUCCCAUCUUCCUGUUCCAUGGAUCCGUAUCUUGCGUUUCUCCAUCAUGCUCCAUCAAAUGCAGGCCCGCUCGUCUCAUGCGGAUAUGCGGAGGGAGCUCUGAGCUGCUGAUUGCUCUCGCCGCUCCUGCCGCCCCCUUACCACUUGUUCCGGCAUCCCCUCGUUUCCUCGUGCGAUCGUGCGUCGGCGCGUCCAUCGAUCCAACCGCCCCUCCCAAGCUCCAAGGAAUCCUGCCGCACUGAGCGCACUGAGCUUAUUCUCACACGCGUCUGCUCUGACCCUCUGGCCUUCCUUCGACAACUACUAACACAUUCCACACACCCCACACUUGCUCUCGUCUCAUUCUCGUGCGACCUCGAGCUCGCCAUCACCGGCGUGCAAGAGGUCCUUCUCUCCGACCUUGUAACGACCUGCACGAACUGUCCCACCUGUCCGACCAUGUCGCAACAUAGCAACGCUCCUUCCAUUAGCCUCCCCUCCCGCCCACCGCCCGUACACAGCGGCAGCUCCUUUGGACGCCGGACGCCACAGAGGUUGUCGCGGCCCGGCAGCACGGCGCCAUGGGACGCCUUCGACCACGACAGCGACUUGGGGCAUGACGAGCCCGGGGCCGUCCUUGAGAGCACGCCGCGGUGGAAGCAGAACGUCGCUGGCUGGAGGAGAGGCGUUCAUCCAGACGCAAGCCCCACCGCCUCCACGUACACUUCCGUGUAUCCCCUCUCAACCAUGCCCUCCAUGUCCCAGUCGUCAUUCUUCGACUCCGAGUCGCCGCUCAGCGGCGAGAGCGUCCUCUACUCCGACGAAAUGGGUUGCUCAGAUACCUUCGGCGCCAGGGCCACGCCGGACUGGGCACCGUGGCUGAGCAACUCGCCUCCGUCCACUCCCCGACGAUCACACAUGCUCGAAGAAGCGCUGGUGCCCGCACUAGCCGCGCGGUCGCGCGCCUUCCGCGGACCCAUUCUCAAGACAAGCACCACAUUCUACCUUCCCCCACUCUACACGCAACAGCGACCAACAUUCGCCACGCCACGCCGGCCUCCUCGGCCCUCAUCCAGAGCGUCCACUUCCACGACGACGACCACCUCGUCCAAGGCCCGCGAGGGGUGCUUCGCCUUCUGCACCGGGAGAGGCAAGCCCACCGGUAGCGGCAAGACCACACCGCGCGACAUGGAAGACAAGCGACCGCCGCAGCGACGCCCGCCGAUGGCCACGCGCGGUAAGCACUACCGCAUCUCGUUCGUGCAAGACCGCCAGUGGCGCGCCAAUAUUCUCAAUCAGGCUGUCGAGGAGAGCCUUACGAGCGCACUCUUCCCCAUGCCCCCUAAACCCAGCAAGUCCAAGCACACACGGCAUCGCAGCUCCGAUUACAAGCCUCUCAAAUGAGGUGCCGAUGCCCGCGGCCGGCCGCGGGCCCAAUCCCCUAGCGGGUCUUUCGUAUGGCAUGACUGACACGACCGCGGCCACGGUUGCAAAGACGGACACGGCGCACGAAGAAGAGCUAGAGCCAGAACGAAAAGGAGAGUCUGAACAGUAUGACGGCGAGAAGAUACUCAAGGAGAAGAUAAUCGAGAGCGCCGCCGCUGUGGGGAACCAGCAGCAAGAGGAGUCCGAGCCACCCAUACGUGAAGCGCCGAGCCCGUUUGUGUGCCCGAGUCUGCGCCACAUCUAUAUGUUCCCCGAGGAAGCCAUGGAGCGCCUCGAGCGCGGUCCUCCCUCCCCCACAUCCCCUUCCUCAUCUAUGUCGCGAUAGCCCAUCUAGGCGUGCAGUGUAUUCCGAUCUAAUGUAGUCGGCCGUGGACAGUCGGCCCCAUGCAUAUGUAGUAUUAU